AUGGCGACAGAUGCAGGAUCAGAGUCGAUGGCAACGGUGGCUUCAAAGGCUCCGGUGACGGCUGAGAGGAGAGUCAGGACUGAUCUCGAUGAUCGUCUCCCCAAACCAUAUGUGCCACGAGCAAUGGUUGCACCUGACAUGGAAAAUGUUAACGGGACAAGGGGACACAAGCACCAAGACAUGUCUGUUCUUCAACAGCACGUAGCCUUCUUUGACCAGGACGGUGAUGGUAUCAUUUACCCAUCGGAGACAUUCAGAGGAUUUAGAGAACUUGGUUUCAACGUGAUCUCUAGUUUCUUUCUGACAUUCAUCGUGCAUCUUACCAUGAGUUACGCUACAUUGCCUACUUGGAUACCUUCUUUCUCCUUCCCGAUUUAUAUCAAAAACAUACACAGAGCCAAACAUGGAAGUGACACUUCUACUUACGACACAGAAGGAAGGUACAUUCCGGCAAAUCUGGAGAACAUGUUUAGUAAGUACGCACGUACUGUGCCUGAUAAGCUAACCCGUUACGAGCUCUGGCAAAUGACUGAGGCUAACCGCAACGCAUUUGAUUUCUUUGGCUGGGCGGCGAGUAAAAUGGAGUGGGGAGUACUAUACUUACUGGCUAAAGACGAGAAUGGCUACUUAUCCAAAGAAGCUGUUAGGAGAUGCUUCGAUGGGAGCUUGUUCGACUACUGCGCUAAGUCGAGAACUUCUAAAAAGACGGAUUGAUAACACGCUUACUAGUUUUUCUUGCUUUAUGGGCAGUUAUAAUGUCGUUAAGUAACCUUUGUUUAGUCUCUUAAACGAAAACACGAAUCAGAUAUCGUAUCUUUUUAAUACCUAAG